UUCUGUACUCAGAUUGUUAUUGUACAUCAGCUAGCUAGCUAGGUAGCUAGGCACAGGAUGUCUCCCUCCACCCGGACUUGCAUCUUUCCUGGAUGCAAGAACUUCCACAGCAGCGCUGUAUCGCUAUUUCAAUUUCCUAGUGAUGAAGAAAGGAAAAAGAGGUGGAUUGAUUUUGUGAAGAGCCACGCUGAUGGAGCGCUUCACAUCAACUCCAACAGCCGCCUCUGCAGUAACCAUUUCACGGCGGAUAGUUUCAACAUGGACCGGAGACGGAUGGGGUUCACGGACACACGGCUUCUCUUGGAGCGCGGAGCCGUACCGAGCAUCGCCCUCCCGGCUGUUCCUCCUCCGGUAGCACCUGGACCAUCCACCGCCGCCAGCAGUUCAUCACUCAGCCAUGAACGCCAGAUCUUGAGGACCUUCGAUGAGGUGAUGAAGCUGGGCAGAUACGACGCUGGCCUCUCGGCAUCCUCCUCGGGCGGCACCGACCGCGACGCAGGUCCGGCGAAGGGCAGAGAGGAGAGGGACGAGCCGGCUGAAGAGACCAACGCCUCUCUCCGCGACCCCUUCUUUGCGGCCGGGCAUCGAGGGGGCAGCCUGGAGGAGGAGCUGGAUGGACUUCCUGUCUUUGGCGUGGACGACGAGGAGGAUGACUGGCAGUUUUCGCUGCCCAUGGACACGCUGGCAGAUCUAGACACGGAUAGGAUAGGCGCCCGGUUAACCGAUGAAUCGUCUGACAGACAGAGAGAUGUUCAGGCGGGCCUCCUGACCAGUGGGAAAGCCCCAGAGGAGAGAGCUACGCAGGGGGACAGGAGAGUGUCGGCCUUAUCCAGUCCCACUCCCUCCCCUGACAGCCUCGACGGAGCUGUUGUGAACUACCCAGCAGGAGGAGAUCCACAGUGUCACCAAGUGGAGUCACCACAGAGGUCAGACUGUGGUGCCAUAGCAAUCGAGGCCCCCACUUCGCCACUGAUCAAGAUUAAGGAUGAACCGAUAGACGAGGACUACGACGCAGCCCUGCUGCCUCAGUCCUCCAGCAGACAGGUCAAAGAGGAGCUGGAGAACCAGGAGGAUGAGUUGAGGAUCAGCUCUGUGUACUCGGUGGGAGGAGGACCCUCGUACAGCGCCCCCAGUGUUGCAGGUCCCACCACCCACACUCCCUCCAUAUUUGGUCCUGGGAGGAGCUUGGCUCCAGCCCCAUUGGUCCAGCCUCCCCUGGCUCCGCCCCCCCCUGGCAGAGGCGGUAGCUCUGCUAACAUCAGGUGCAGCGGCUGCUCCAAGGUGCUGUUAAAGGGACAGACGGCCUUCCAGAAGAAGGGUUCCACCCAGCUGUUCUGCUCCACCGUCUGCCUCACUGGCUUCCUGCCUCCAACUGUCCCGGCCCGGCCCUGCCACCAGUGCCUCAAGGAAAUUGAGAACCCUGUGAAUGUGGUCAGAGUUUUGGUGGACAACAACCUUAAGGACUUCUGCAGUCGUUUCUGCCUGUCUGCGUUCAAUCGCAAAAAGAAGACUGAUCCCCCUGGCCCCAAACUCCCUGUCUGCAGCGUUUGCAAUAAGUCCAACAAGGUUCAGCAUGAGGUAACCUAUCACGGUGAGCUCCAUAGACUGUGCAGCGACUACUGUUUCUUCACAUGGCGCCGCAACCGCAACCUGGCUAUGAACUGCUGCGAGAGCUGUGGCAUGUACUGCAGCAGUAAAGGAGGCGGAUGCCAGAACCUGACCAUUGGAGACGUCAACCUGAGGUUCUGCAGUCCCACCUGCAUCAGCACCUAUAAACAGACCUGCUCCAAGCUGAUGAAGUGUAAUCACUGUGGUAACGAGGUGAUGGUGUCCACCAUGUUGGUGAGCAACGACCCCUUGGGCAAGGUUAAACUGUACUGCAGCUCCACCUGUGUCAGCUACAGCCGGCCUCCACAACACAUCCUCUCUGGAACCCCGUUCCCCUGCACCCACUGCAAAGUGAACGCUGUCCCUCAGUACCACCUCGCCAUGGUGGACGGAAGCAUCCGGAACUUCUGUUCCCACGACUGUGUCACCACCUUCAGGUCUGAGCAGAGCAGAGCUCCGCUCACCGCUCAGAUGAACGGCACGUCCACCAAUCCCCUGGCCCCUCCUCAGCCUGACCUUCCGGGGACAGGCUCCUCCCCCUACGGCCUCUCUCCACUCUCCUCCUCCCGGCCAGUUGCCCCUGGUUACCCCGACGCUCCCAGCCAGACCUCCGCAGCGCCCUGUGCAUCCACCCCAGGCUCGUCCAGACCGUACGAGCAGCCACAGCAGGGCCUCACCCCCCUCUCUACCUCGCGCUUCACCGGGCCCAUCCGACUCACCUGCAACUACUGCUUCGAGGAGUUCUCCUCCAAGCCUGAGCUCUUCCUGCACAAGAAUCGGGUGUACCAGUUCUGUGGGAAGCAGUGCUGUGAUCGGUUCAAGACCCAGAGGAACAUCAUCAUGAAGUGUGAAUACUGCCUGCAGGACAAGGUGGUCAAAGACAUCAUCAUGUUCAACCACGUGGCCAGACCCUUCUGCAGCGAGAGCUGUAAGCUGCUCUUCAAACACGACCUGACCAAGAAGAACAAGGACAGCCCCUGGCGUUCCUGCGCCUUCUGCUCGGGGAUCUGUCAGAACAUGGUGAACCAGAAGAUGAUCCACAGCCACUUCGGAGGCAGGAUGGAGGAGUUCUGCAAACCCGACUGCAUGUCCAUGUUCACCGUGCUCUUCUACGAGAUGGCCAAAUGUGACAAUUGCAGACACCAGGGGAAGAUGGAGGAGCAGCUGCGGUGUGCCGGUUACAUCCGACACUUCUGCGACUUGGCCUGCACUCUGCAGUACUGCCACCGGCACGUCCCGCAGAUCCCUGCCAGAACAGCAUCGCAAGGUAGUUCGGCCACUGUGCAAAACCUCUUCCCCAGUUCCAAGAUGGCGCCGGGCAUUGCUGAUGUCGGGCCAGUGGCUAGCACCCCUACAGGCCAGCCCCACACUGCAGAUAGCCCCCUCACAGGAGCACUUCCCACAUCUAACUCUCACGGAAAGAGUCUUGAUGAUGCAAGCACUCAGACAGAUGCGAUGCGGCUCCCCGUGGCUCAUCGGCGGAACAUGAAGAACAAGGCCAUCAUGUGUCGACCGUUUACACACAACCAGGAGACACUGUGCAACCUCCCAACCCAGACCACACACACACCAGCAGGCUUCUCUGGGUGUAGUUUCACCACCACUAUAAACGAGGAGAAGGUGAAAGUGGUGCUUCUUCCCAUCCCUGUGCCAGUCUUCAUACCCGUGCCCAUGAACAUGUACUCCCAGUACAUGCCGGUUCCCAUGCCGAUGCCCAUUCCUGUCCCUGUGCCUGUGGUGUUACCGUCCGCCCCGAGUGGCUCACAGUCCAAGGAACCACAUGACCCACUCGUCCAAUCACAGGGCAUUGCUGAGGAGGUUGAGGAAGUUGAGAAGGACAAACCUGUCUCCCAUGGAGACCAGGGAAGUACUUACAGUGGAGAUUUGGAGUCUGAGGCUAUCUCCACCCCUCUUAGCUGGGAAGAGGAAUCCAACCCUGCACCCAGCAGUCAGCGAGGAAGGGGUCCAGUGGCUGUGGACCCCCCCAGCACCUCUGAGCCGGGGGCCAUGGACUUGGAGGCUGACAUCCCCACUGAGCGGUGUGACGCCUCUGAGAGGGCUGUCCUCAGGAAGCAGCAGAGGCUGGCUGGACGUAAACGACCCAGAGAAGGUUUCUCUCCCGGCAAACGGAGCCGGAAGAGAGCUUGCUCUGGGGAGGGUAGCCACACUGUUUCGUCCUCCCGGACUAGAAAGCUACACCACGCCUACGGGGUGCAGGCUUGGAAGACAUGGGUGCUACAGAGGAAACAGCAGCCAGAAUCUGAAUCCACCAGUAAAUCAGACGGGCCGGCGGUUCUGAAGGAGGACUUCUUACAAUGCGACUCCGCUGAGCUCAGCGACGGUCUCUGCCACUUCAUCACCGAGGUCCGUCGACCCAACGGAGGGCCUUACGCGCCCGACAGCAUCUUCUACCUCUGCCUGGGCAUCCAGCUGUAUUUAUUUGAGAACGGGAGGAUCGAGAACAUCUUUACGGACGAGUUGUACAGCCGCUUCACCGUGGAGAUCACCAGGAUCCUGGAGCGCUGGAGACCGACGCUCUCCCCCAGCGGCUACCUCAGCUCGCGAGUAGAGGAGGACUACCUGUGGGAGUGUAAGCAGCUGGGCACGUACUCUCCCAUCGUGCUGCUCAACACUCUGCUGUUCUUCAGCACCAAGACCUUCCGCUUCACCGACGCCGGCCAACACAGGCGGCUCUCCUUCGCCAACUUCACGCACUGCACCCGCUCGCCCGGCAAGACCGACUACCUCAGGUUCAGACCCCCGCACAGAGACCAGGGAACCUCAGAGCUGUUGCCGGUCUCGCCCGGCAAGAGGAAGAUGGAGGAAGAGGAGGGAGACAUGGAGAUGCCCGAGAACAGGGAGAACCCGCUCCACUGCCCGGUCCAGCUCUACGAGUUCUACCUCUCCAAAUGCUCGGAGUCGGUGAAGAAAAGAGACGACCUGUUCUACCUGCAGCCGCUACUCUCCUGCCACCCCGACAGCCUGCGCUGGUUCUCCUCCCAGCCCCUGGAUGGCGCUAUGCUGGACAGCAUGCUCACGCGCAUCCUGGCUGUGAGGCAAGUGCACCCGGAUGAAGCGCAGCUGCAGCAUUCGGGAUCCGAGGCCUCCACAGACGACGGCGGGUCACCGUGACGACGGCGGGUCCACCGUGACGACGGCGGGUCCACCGCGACGACAGACUUGACGCUUUUUUCUUCCGUUGUUUUAACUGACUUCCUGGCUGAAAGAGAACUUUUGGCUUUCAAUUAACUUUUUUCUGAUGGGAAGGAGAACCUUCCCAUGGGUUGAAAGAGACAUUUUGGCUUCUUGGAAAAUCUUGAAGAAAGAUGGUGAUAAGAGUUCACAAUCAUACACUGACAUUAUCAUGUGAUACUAAACUAUGCUAUUUAGGUUUAAAUAUGAUUACAUGCAUUUUUUGUCUGCAUUUUUUAUUUUUUAAGUAUGUAUAGAAAGUGGGUCUUCUAAGUUUGUGAGAUUGUUUGGUUUAGGUCGGAAUCAUAAUUUUACCAAGCUGCCUUAUUCAUAAGAGAGCCAUCUUGUCAUCUACACUAACCAAGAUUAUCAACAUUUUAAAAGUACGUUGUUUGCAGUUGUAUGGAUUCCUCAGUUGCUGAUAUGAAUCAGAGAAGUGAUUAUAUAAACAACAAUUAAAAAGAGAAACGGUCAGAUUUA